UUUGACAUUUGAAACGUCACAAGUGUUGAUUAAAAGCAUUAAAAGUUGAUUAUUGUUAAAUAAAAUAAAAAUGAGUGAAAAAGCUGAACGGGACAAAAAGGCAAUAACCUCGUUUUACGCCGAAUUGAACCGUUUUGGCCAGAAUGGUGAAUACGAACGUGCUAUAAAAGCAGCAAAUAAAAUUUUGAAUUUGGCCCCGAAUGAGUUUUUGGCUUUCCACUAUAAAGUAGUUUGCCUUAUUGAGUUAUCAAAAUUUGAUGAAGCAAUUCGUUUAUUGAACGGCAAUGCCCAAUUCGAUGGCGAGUUGAUUUUUGAAAAAGCUUAUUGUUUUUAUCGCGCCAAUAAAUACGAAGACGCUCUUAAAACAAUCGAUAAUAUUCCGGAAUUAGACCUCCGGUCCAAAGAAUUAAAAGCCCAGAUUUUGUACCGUCUCGAGAAAUAUGACCAAGCUGCUGCUCUUUAUCGCGAAAUUAUCAAAAACACUGACGAUGAUUACGAGGACGAGCGGCAUACGAAUCUGGGGGCUGUUAUGGUGCACCUUGAUACAGAGGAAACCAGAGACAGGAUUGAGGAUUUGAGAGACAACACUUACGAGCUUUGUUUUAAUAAGGCGUGUCUAUUGAUUGCUCAUGGACAGUAUACUGAGGCUGAGAAGAAGUUGCGUCAGUGUGAGAAACUGUGUAGAGAGAUGUUGGAAGAGGAGGAAGCUUCAGAAGAAGAAAUUGACGUUGAUCUCGCUCUAAUAAAAAUUCAACUUGCUUUUGUUUACCAAAAACAGGGCCGGAUUAAAGAAGCUCAUCAACUGUACACUGCCAACCUUAAAAUAAAAUUAGACGAUGUGGCCCUAAUGGCCGUCGCGAGUAACAAUGUUGUUUGCAUCAACAAAGAUCAAAAUUUGUUUGAUUCUAAGAAAAAAAUGAAAGUGGCGCUUAAUGACACUCUGACGUACAAACUGCCUUCAAAACAAAGAAAAUACAUUGCGUUAAAUAACGCCAUUUUGAAUUAUUUCAUCCAUCAAGUGGACCAGUGUGAAAAAAUUUGCAAACAAAUUGAAAAACAAUGGCCCGACCUUAGCACUUAUACAACAAUUUUACGCUCUCUUACGCUACUUAAGGGGGACGAUGCGAAAGAAGCUAUUGCUUUGUUAGGAAAAAUCUCUCCAAAUUCGAAACAAGACGAGCUUUAUAUCAAAUUAUGUAUGGCUCAGCUCUAUUUGGUUCAAGGUGAUAAAGCACAGGCGUGUAAAAUUUUGGAAAAUCUGGGCGAGAAUAGUUACAAACCAGGCAUUGUGGGGGCCCUUACUACUCUUUACCUAGGUUUAGGUAACGAAGAACAAGCAUUGCGAGUGUUUGAAAGGAGUGUCGAUUGGUAUAAGAAAAAUAAAACUGAGGAGGUGAAUUUGACAAGUAUGUGGCGCCAAGCGGCCGAUUUUCAUAUCAGAAAUGGGCACCCACAAGUGGCCGCGAACAGUUUAGAAGAGUUAUUGAAGAGUAAUAAAGGGAAUAAAAAAAUUACAGCUCAGCUAGUCCUGGCCUGUUCCCAAUUUGAUAAAUCGCGAGCCGUUGAAUUGAGUAAACAAUUGCCGUCUAUUGAAAGUCUUUCUGCGAAUAUUGACAUUGAGACUUUACAACUAUCGACUCCUUCGUCCUUUAAUUUAAAGAAAAGUCCUGCUUCGAAACAGGACUCUCAACCCGGUACUCCCAAGUCUGAAGGUGGUGUUGAGAAGAAGAAAAAACACAGAAAACGUAAGGGUAAAUUACCCAAAAAUUACAACCCGAAUAUCCCACCAGACCCAGAGAGAUGGUUGCCCAAAUAUGAGAGGACUGGUUACAGGAAGAAGAGGGAUAGGCGUGCAAAAGAUGUUAUUAAGGGAUCUCAAGGGACAGCGUCGGGACAGGCAGAACAAUAUGAUUUUUCAAGUAAAGUCACCGAGCAAGAAGCUGAAAGUCCAACUGUGGAACCUUCACCAAGGACUAAGUCGCAACAUCCUCAAAAGAAAGGACAACAGAAGAAGAAGGGCAAAAGGCGUUAAUUUUCAAUUUUUUAUAUUUGUAUAAGUGCAAAUGUGAAAAUAAAUGGUGUAAAAAAUA